AUGAGCAAGCCGCCGCCGUGCGGUAUCCAACAAGAAGCACCGCAGCUGCAGUUGCAGGCCAUGUUGCAAGCCGCCGUCCAGUCGGAUAUUGGUGUGGUGCGACGGGUACUACAACGGCGCCAUAAAGACUCGGAAGACGGUGCAGCCGGUGGAAGUGACGGCGGAGGAAGCUUCUCUGCAACGGAGCCAGCAGCUCAAGGAGCGUACGAGUCGUUACUUUCGACGGGGGAGCAGGCAGCGGCGAAGAGGCCAUGCGCGGCGUUGUCCCUGAGAUUUGACGGAGACGGAGUGGUUCUAUCUCAUGUGCGUCUCCUUCUCCUUCCCUCCCGGCUUACGGGAAAGGCAUAUGCAAAGCGGCAGCACGUAUGGCUGAGUGGCGCAAAUGAGGUCGACAGCAAAAUUUAUUCCAGAGCCAUCCUUGCUAAGACAGUUGUUUGCAUUCCUCUCCUUGAUGGUGUCCUAGAACUCGGCACUACUGCUAAGUUACAGGAGGAUGCUGGAUUAAUCGAGCACGUGAAAGGCUUCUUCACGGACCAGAAUUACCAGCAUAACCCUGCUCCAAAGCCAGCCCUCUCCGGCCACUCAACUUCCGAUCCCGUCCCGUCUUCCGACCAUCCCUCCUCCGCCUUCCGCUCCCCUCUCUUCCCAUCCACCGUCUUCUCCCCCGCCGAUGACCACACUCCUGCCCAUGACGACGAUGAAGAGCCUGACGACCUCGAAAUCGACGAGGACGACGACGAAGAGCAACUAGAAGAUGAUUGCGAGAACUCCGACGCAGAAGCAGAGGCAGAGCCUCCUGCAGCUGGCUCCCAGCCGAUCGAGCUGAUGCAGCUGGACAUGUCGGAGGAUAUCCGGCUCGGCUCACCCGACGACGGCGGCUCCAACCAGCUCGACUCCAACUUCAACUUGUUCGGCUCCCAGCGGUGGAGAUCCCUAAUGAUGGAAGCCGACUGCUGCGGCGGCAUCGACUUCCAGCCGCCGCAGCCGAUGGAUCAAGAGCUCUCCCAGGAGGACACGCACUACUCCCAGACCGUGUCCGCCGUCCUCCAGAACCACCACCGGCUCGGUCGGUCCGGAGGCUGGCCCACCACCACCACAUCCUCCACCACCGCUUGCUCCCCGCCCCAGUCCGCUUUCGCCACGUGGACCAACUACGUGGCAGUAGCUGACCAUCCACCAGAAUUGGGAACGACGACGACGACGUCGCAGUGGGCCCUCAAGUACAUGCUGUUCAACGUGCCUUACCUCCACGCCAAGCACCACCCCGAGGAAGAGAAGGACUCCCCGAAAUCCGGCGCGGGCCGGGUGAGGGACGAGCUGAGCGCGAACCACGUGAUGGCGGAGCGGCGGCGGCGGGAGAAGCUCAACGAGAGGAGCAAGAUUCAGGAACUCGAGGCAAGGAACCGCCAGCUGGCGGAGCCACAGCGAAUUACAAGAUCGGAGAUGAAGAAGAAGGGUAGGGGGGCGGCGGCGGCGGCGGCGGCGGCGAGCGUGGAGGUGUCGAUCAUAGAGAGGGACGCUCUGCUGGAGCUGCAGUGCGAGCACCGGGAAGGGCUGCUGCUCGACAUGAUGCAGAAGCUGAGGGAGAUGAGGAUCGAGGUCACGGCGGUUCAGUCUUCUCUCAGCAGCAACGGUGUUCUCGUUGCGGAGCUGAGAGCCAAGGUGAAGGAGAAUGCCGUGAGGAAGAAGGUCAGUGACGGUGAUUCGGAUACUGAAUUCGAUCCGGAUCCGGAUCCGGCAACUGAGCGUCCGCUAUCGAUAAGACUGAGGCCCACUCAUCACCAAUGUGCUGCCCUCCUCAGCUCUCCAUUUGUCCGUCCGAAAGCGCAAAAUUCCGUCGCUGCUGCCGCCGGCCAGCCGCAGUCUAUAGAAGGAUUUUCGUUUGAAUCUCCUGUUGGCCCAGCCCAUCACUUGCGGUUGGCGGGGAUGAAAGCAAUAGGAUUGUUGCAGUAG